CAAUACAAUUGCAGCUGUCAACUUCUAAUACUCGCCAGAUGUUACGAUGUCUUCCAACUUGACUAUACAAUUAUAUUUCGUUAACUUCCAUUUCCUGCAAUAAUAUCUACAUAGAAAAGAGAGCUCUGUUGGAGAAAUGCUUAAAGGUUUUACCAUCUCUUCUAGAAGUCUCCAAAAAUGUCUAAACGAACGCUUUCAACAGCCCAAUACAUGAGGGAAGUAUUCCAAGAUUCUUUAAUCACCGGAAUUCCACAGAUUAUUCUAGCUCGCAGUAUAACUAGAAAAGUUUUCAAAUCAAUGGUGUUGAUUUGCUCCCUCAUAGGUUUCGUGUACCAAACGACCGAGUUUCUAAAAAUCUUUUGGAACUAUCCAACGGUUUUGGAUAUUGAUGUUGAAUAUCCAGAAGUUAUUGAAUCGCCAGCUAUAACUUACUGCAAUCUGAAUGGGAUAAAAAGAAUGGAAUUUUGUAAACAAUUUCCUGAUAGAUGCAGCUCACCGAGUAACAGGAAUGAUUUUUGCAGACAUUUUCCUGAUUUCUGCAGCUUAGAAAGUUCAAACAAUUUAGAGUUUCCAAAAGGUGAAGCUCUACAAGCAGAGGAUGAUGUCACUGAAGUUUAUUUAAAAGAAUAUGGCCAUCUCGGCAACGAGACUUUAGUGUAUUGCCAACGAAUCAGUGACCAAACGAAUUGGCUUGUCCCUUGCAGCACAAAUCAUACCAUUCAUAUGAUGUUAUCUGACGGCAACAAUGGUUAUAGAAAUUGUUACACCCUGUUUUCAACUAUCGGCAGCAACGCUUUACGUCAGCAUACAUUACCGGUUCCUAAAAGAAAGGAGGCCUUAUUUCACUUAGUUUUCGAUAUGCAGCCAGAGGAAUAUUUCAGACCAGAUCGAGAAGUUGGUGCCAUCAUCUCGAUCCAUUCGCCCAACAGCCUUGUGAACCCCUUCUACGAUGGCUUCGUUAUUAAGCCGGGGAAUCUAUACACAGUGCACCUAAAAAUGGUGGAAGAAAAGCUUCUUCCUUCCCCGUACGAAACUCAGUGCCAAGACUACAAAUCCCAGUGGAGGAUGCGAGGGGGGAAGGGACCUCUCAAUCAGGAAAUGUGCGUUGCAGAAUGCGCUUAUAAUAAAUCCAUAGAGCAGUGCAACUGCGUAGUUCCCGGUAUCAUAUAUCAUCACGAUGACAGAAUUUGUGACAACGAUAAACUCGAUGAAUGCUUCCAUUUUAAUUUGAGUGAAUGUUAUAAAAUAUGCCAACAGCCUUGCGAAUUCACUGAUUUUGAAUAUGAUGUGCAAGAAAGGAAAUUGGAAGUUAAAAAAAUGAAUUCUGUGGAAGAUCUAUAUUCAGAAGAUCCAGUUUUGAAAAACAAGGCUGUGAUGCUUGUAUUUUUAAAAAGACCAGAAAUAAUCAUCUACUCUCAUAGACCUCAGUAUGAAGAUAUAGAAAUUUUCAGCUUUAUGGGAGGUUACAUAGGAAUGUGGCUUGGAAUUUCUCUCAUAGCUGUAUUCGAUUUUUUCGAGAACAUAUCUCUUGUCACUUAUUUUUGGAUAAAAAGAAGGUUGAAAAUUAAUUAAAUCUUUGCAAAUGAAAUAUUUAAAAAAAAUUAUGAUAAAGGUACAUUUUUAAAAACUAUAUACACAUAUAUAUUUUAUAAAUACUUAAACAUAUUAUGUACAUCAUAAAAAUAAAACAUUUCAUUUCUGCAA